AUGACUGACUUACGACGACUUGGUCUUUACUGGAUUCUGCUGUAUGUUCUGAUUCAUCAAACAAUUCAGGCUCAUGUUAUAUCCAACUACCAAAAUCCUGGUGAAUCUGUUACAAAUGCACAGCUGCCAACUGGCCGAUACAUUGUUAAAAGAGCACGUCAAGGACCUCCGUCGAUAAAUAUAACCUUUGACGAACAGGGUAACGCUAAUAUAUACUGGAAUCUUAGCGACGAGGAACUGGAGAGGUUAAAAGGCUUAAGUACCUUCUGUGGGAACUUAAGCCAACUGGGGACCAAAACUGGUACAUGCCCGGAACAAGGUCGACUUGUCCCUGCUGUCAGUGCUCAAAUUCAGGAACAUGUUCUUGCUGUCAGAACUCAAUGUCUUCUCCAUGCCCUUGCUGCCAGAAAUGCAACUCUGGAACAUGCCCUUGCUGCCAACAGUGCAGGUCCGGGACUUGUCCUUGUUGCCAACAAUGCAGCACCGGAACUUGUCCGUGCUGCCAACAAUGUAAUAAUACCUCAAGCAGCUGCCCAUGCUGCCAGCAAGGUGGGUCUGGAACCUGUUCAUGUUGUCAAAAAUGCUCCGCACCUUCAGAUUCCCAGCAGCAGAGUAGAAGCUCAUCCCCGUCUGCAACAUGUCCUUGCUCGUUAG